AUGGCAUUUGCUUGCAACCUUUCAGCAUCAAUUCAAGAGCAAACAAUGUUGAAAGAAGACGAAGACAAAAAUAACGAGGCUGAAGCAGUAAAAGACACACAAGAAACAACCGUUAAAGAGGCUACUACAAGUGAUUCUGUUGCUAUGGAAAAAAUUCAUUUCUGGAAAAUUCAUGAGAGAAUAUUUGGCAGCAAAAUUAUACCAUGCAGCAAGAAUCCUAAAAUAUGCCUUGCUAAGGGUAGUCCAGGGCCUUUUUGUUGCAAGAACAAGUGCGUGAAUUUCUUAGUGGACAAAGAGAACUGUGGACUUUGUGGGAUAAAAUGCAAGUUCAAUGAGAUUUGUUGCAAAGGAUUCUGUGUUAACGCUUUGUCUGGAAAAAAAUAUGCAGGACAUUGUGGAAUAAUUUGA